AUGCUAUAUAGUUCUAAGCCACUUCAGAUCAAACAAACAUAUCUUACAGAAUCUCCAGGUGUCUUAGAAGAUACUACUGAACAAAACCAGUCAUGUCUGUAUUCAAAGGAGGCCGCAGCCACUGCCAUCAGAAGACUUACUGCCCAGAUCCAUGCCAUCCACAAGUCGUCUGCAGAGAUCCAUGCCACCCACAAGUUGUUUGUAAUGAUCCCUGCCAAGCAACAAUAUGCCAUGACCCCUGCCAACCUGCCCAUCAUUACCAUUGCAACACUGUGCACUGUACCCAAAAAGUUCACUGUGACCCUUGCAAUCCCUGCAAUCCCUGCAAUCCUUGCCAUUUCUAUGGAAAGUACUGAAUAUUCCCACCUUUUGAGCAGGACCCGAUCAUUCAUCAGUCCAACAAAUGCCUUUAAUUCUUCCAGUCCUCUACUGUUUGCUAAUUCUUUCAUAGUUGUCUUAGUACCAAUGACUUGUCUGCUGAAUUUAUCUAUUCAGGAGUGACUGUUACUGUUCCAUUAAAUUAUCUCAAUUUGGCACAA